CCUGACUCUGCCCGAGCGCCUUCCUGAAUCCUGAUCCUUCCCGCAUUGCCUCUGCUCGUCUGCUGCGCAGGGUGGAGGACGUGAUCCUCCGGUUCAUGAACCUCUCGGAGCACGACGGGGGAGGCGCCGUCCAGAACCGGGAGGUAAGGCAAUACGCCGGCCCUGCCCCAUUCAUCCAGUUCCAGUGGAAAAGGAACUAGUAAUCACAGCGAGAUUCAGUGCCGUACCUCGUCAGCAUGCUCCAGCGGCUCAAGCGCGAGGGCGACAUGGCCACGCAACUAGCCAACCCGGGGGCACUCAACGAGAGAAUCGAGGAGAUCCAGCGGGAGAUUUAUUCUUCGCAGCAACAGCUGCAUAUCUACGAGGAGCGCCUGAGGCUGUUCGAGCCCGACACCGCCGCGUUCGGAUCCACGAGCGAGAUCCACGGCUGCGAGAAGGUCCUCGCCGACUUGCUGGCCCGUGUGGUCCAACGGAAGAACUACUUGCUGGGCGAUCACAUGACCCCGUUCGAUCCGGCAGCAUCUGGGAUGGAGGGGACAGAUGGAGCGCAGAUGUACACGGACCAGGCGGAGGGCACGUUCGCCGGCGACGCCGCGCUGUGGGCCGCCGCCGAUGUGGGGGCAGACGACCCCGGCCACCAGAUGUUCGGCGCGGCCGACCCGUUGAUGUACCUCAGGUACGUGGCGUGCCUGACCCGCCGCAUCAGCGCCGAUCGUAUCACCGGAGAACUCUUUCUUGCUCUCGUGCCAGGGACCAGGACGUGUACGACGCGACCUCCCAGGUGGCCGGGUUGCACGGCGACCCGUGCGCGGCCGGCGGCGAGGCCGCCGACGCCGAGGCGGAGGCCGAGGCGUGGCGGCAGGCGUACACCUGCACCGAGCUGCUCUCCACGCUCAUCCCCUCCACGCCCUUCCCCCUCAUGCCGCACUGCCUGGGCCCGGACGACGAGUUCCUGCCGCUCCAGGACGACGGCGGCAUGGCGGCGGCGCAGGAGCCGGUGGAGGCGUCGGAGAGCUGCUCCUAAGUGCCCAGCGACGACGCCGGCACGCCGGCGACGGCCUACGACAGCACCGUGGCGCCCGCGAACGUCGCCUGACCUGACGAGUUCACCCACUGUAAUUACAGCAUAGCACAUACUACGUCAGAAUAACCAGAGAAUAACCCCAGAGCUAGUGCCGCGCCUGGGCUCGAUCACAAAAGGAAAACUGAGGUGACGCAGACGCUCGCACACACUUGUAACCUCUAGAACGAAAUCAUGUGAUCUCUGUUCAUAAAGCGUGACGAAAUCGGAACCCGAAUCAUUCGCAGGAGUCUACAAUGGUACUGGUGACCAGACGAUCCGAUCCUUUCUUACCAACGCACGAAUCUGGAAUUCUGGAUUGCACCUGAACCUGAGGAAGGACGAAGACGACAUGGCAUGGUGCUCCGCUCUCCCAUCCAAGGAAGAUCCAUCAUCCAUGUAAAGCUGUGCGGUGCGGCGUCAGCUUUCGACGUCGCUGAUGGCAAAGCAUGGGGCACUACACCAAAGCCAUGGACUCAUCAGGAAUGUUCCUUCCUGUGAGAGAUCCGGAGAUCUCGUUAUCAAACCCAGCCGGUUUCUCUGUCAGCACAUACAGGUUCCUUAGUCAUGAAUUAACCCCAUACCUGGCUUUAUUUCGAAACCGGACGGGUCCGGGACCGCCUUUUUCGCCUUUUGGUGAAGCUAAGCAACUUGUUCUGGUUGAUCUCUUCCUGUUCUCUCCUCCCAGAGCAUAUGUCUCAUAUGAACUCCUUAUGU